AGUGAUUGAAUAUAUUCAUUUAUAAAAAGUUAUAUAUCUAUAAAAAUGAGUUCCAAAAAAUUACAACUCUUUAUGGAGUUAUUGCUGCCAGCACUGUUUCUAUUACAAGGGACGUUGUGUCUUCGGAACGUGUACAUGGUUAUACCUGAAGCAGUUGAGCGAGGAAAGACAGCGGUCAUUAAGUGUAUGUACGACUUAGAGAACGAAGAAUUAUACCAAGUGAAAUGGUACCGAGGCGAUCGAGAAUUCUGUCGGUAUUCGCCUAAAGAUGUUCCACCGCUCAAAAUAUUUCCCAUACGUGGAAUAGAGGUCGAUCGUGAAGCUAGCGAUUGGGAGAAGGUUACAAUAAAGGCUGUAACGAAUACAGCAAAUGGACGAUACACUUGCGAAGUGUCAGCAGAUGCACCUUCGUUUAUAACAUCUCAAAUGCAAGGAAUGAUGUACGUGGUUGAUUUACCCCAAGAUUAUCCCGAGUUGAAUGGACUUAAAAAUUAUUACAAGCCGGGUAUGAAACUAAAGGUUGAAUGCAUCAGUCGCAAUUCGCUGCCACCAGCUAACAUAUCAUUUUUCAUCAACGAUGAAAGAGCUCACUCGAAGCAUGUAUGGCACAAAGUAUCUGGUGGCACGAAUGGCAGCCUAUGGACCGCCUACAGCACUAUACAGUUCGUCGUGCAAAACCACCACUUCAUAAACGACAAAUUAAGGAUCCGAUGUACAGCUUUCAUCUAUUCAAUAUAUUCUAAGAGUCACGAGAAAGUCACCACCCGAAUAAGAGUUAGGACGACGACGCCACCAGAGCUGGUGACCAGACAGAGGAUUGUUCAUCGCAAAGACCACAAUCGUGUUUCCGGAUUGUCUGUAGCUAGUAGUGCGCACUCGGGUACGCGACCCCGGGUCUUCGAAUCACCAUUAUCACACCUUCAUCCAUUCCGUGGAAGUGGUGUCCCAUCCCCCUAUUUCCUUCUCCUCUUUCCUGACCCUCAAGAGAGGGGGAACCUCUCUUUCUACCUCCUUCAUGGCUCUAUAUCCUUACAUCGCCUUAAAUUUGCGACAAGUGGGCAAGGGCUAUCCAAUAAAUCCCGUAACAUCGGACAGGUUUACCAGCUAAAUCAAGUGAUGGUUGCUGAUAUGACCAAUGCGGAAGGACUUCCUGGCAGAGGUUCAGAGGCAGAAUUACCUAUUAACUCGCACCGAAACUACCCAGGAGUUCUGGGAUCGAGUCCAGUCGGUGAUUACCGUAACGGAAAAGCAAGUUCUUGGCAUUUCUAA